CACGAGUUCUUUCUCUGCCUCUGUGACUCUGUCUCUCUCGCGCGUUCCCUGCUUCAUUCUUAGGGUUUUAUUUUGGGGUUAAAGGGACGGCGCCGUGCUGUCCACCUUGACGAUAGUUAUCCCUAUCCGUCUUGGUCCUCUUUCUGCUUUUCUCCGACCACUUUCCGUUCGCCUUCUUCCUCAUUCGCUAGUUUUUUUUGUAGUUGUGUGUUUUUCCUCCAGCAGAAAUGGCGGUGAAAUACUCCAAGGCCGAGAAGAAGGUCAUGUAUGACAAGAAGCUUUGCCAGUUGCUGGACCAGUACAGCCAGGUGCUCAUCGCCGCGGCUGACAACGUCGGAUCCAACCAGCUCCAGAGCAUCCGCAAGGGUCUCAGGGGCGAUUCCAUUGUCCUCAUGGGAAAGAACACGAUGAUGAAGCGGACGAUCCGCCUUCACUCCGAGAAGACCGGCAACAAGGCGUUCCUGAACUUGAUCCCCCUGCUUGUGGGCAACGUUGGGCUUAUUUUCACCAAGGGAGACCUGAAGGAGGUCAGAGAGGAAGUUUCCAAAUACAAGGUUGGAGCACCGGCACGUGUUGGGCUUGUUGCUCCCAUUGAUGUGAUUGUGCCUCCUGGAAACACUGGCUUGGAUCCUUCUCAGACAUCAUUUUUCCAGGUUCUGAACAUUCCCACCAAGAUUAACAAGGGUACCGUUGAAAUCAUCACUCCUGUGGAGUUGAUAAAGAAGGGUGACAAAGUGGGUUCAUCUGAGGCAGCUCUGUUGGCAAAGCUAGGAAUAAGGCCAUUUUCCUAUGGUCUUGUUAUCCUCUCUGUGUAUGAAGAUGGUUCUGUCUUUAGUCCCGAAGUGCUGGACCUAACAGAGGAUGAUCUUAUGGAGAAAUUUGCAACUGGUGUUUCAUUGGUGACAGCAUUAUCUUUGGCCCUAUCGUAUCCAACUCUUGCAGCUGCACCGCAUAUGUUUGCUAAUGCAUAUAAGAAUGUUGUAGCCGUUGCCCUUGCAACAGAGUAUUCCUUCCCUCAGGCUGAGAAAGUCAAGGAAUACCUAAAGGAUCCAAGCAAAUUUGCCGUGGCUGCUGCUCCUGUAGCUGCUGAGACUUCUGCCGCACCUGCUGCUGCUGCCAAAGAAGAAGAAAAGAAAGAGGAGCCAGCAGAGGAAUCGGACGAUGAUAUGGGCUUUAGUUUGUUUGAUUAAGUUAACACCGUGUCUGUUGGAUAUUAAUUUUGAAUUUCUUCUACUCUUGUGUGAGAGUUCUCAGUUUUUUGAGGUUUUGACAGCCCGCUACUAUUCUUAGUUUUUGUUAGCUCUCUCUCUCUCUCAUACCCCUUUUUUCUAUUUUUUAUCAAUUUUGUCUAAUUAUUAUGUUUUUUUAAAUAGGGUUGAGUGUUUUCUCUGGUGA